AUGUCACCCGCCAGCGUAGACCACGCGGAUGAGGAGAGCGACGGCGAAGAAGUGCUCGUCGAAGGCUUCAAAGGCUUGAGCGUCGACUCCAAGUCUUACCACUUCCUCGGACGGUCCAGCAACUUUGCCCUUGUCAGAGCGGCAAUAGACCUCAAGAAAGGACUCGUCAACGGCUGUGAAAAACCGCGGCUGGAGGACAAUCUCCUUAUAUCCCACCGACCAGAAUUUUGGGAGCUCGCCGAGGCUCCUAUCGAGUCAGAUCCCCCAUACACCGACUUCCCCGACACCGCGAUGAUGUCCGAGCUCGUGGACAACUUCUUCCUGUGCAUCAACACCAACUUCCCCCUGCUGCACCGCCCGACCUUUGAGCGGAGCAUCCGCUCCGGCCUGCACCUCCGCGACGAAGGCUUCGGCGCGACGGUGCUGCUCGUGUGUGCCCUCAGCGCGCGCCAGUCGCCCAACCCCGCCGUGCUCGUGCCCGGCGCCCCGAACUGGCACUGGGCGGGCUGGCAGUGGUUCGAGCAGGUGCGCUCCCGGCGGAGGCUCAUCCCGAUGCUGCACACGCGGCUGUACGACCUGCAGGUCGCCACGCUCGCUGCGGCGUACGUGAGCGCGUCGCCUGUGGCGCAUCCGAACUACGCCAUCAUCGGACAUGGCAUACGGCUCGCGCAGGACCUCGGCGCGCAUAGACGGACGACGUACCCCUCGACGCCGACGGUCGAGAGCGAGCUGCGGAAGCGCGCGUUCUGGUUGCUGGUCGCCAUGGACAGGGGUAUGUGCUCCAUACUGGGCAGGCCAUGCAGCAUUCAGGAAGAAGACUUUGAUGUGGACUACCCCAUCGAAUGCGACGACGAGUACUGGGAGAUGGACGAUCCGCAGCUUGCGUUCAAGCAGCCGCCUGGGAAGCCGUCGUACACCGCGUCUUUCAACUGCAUGAUACGACUCAUGCACAUCCAUGCGUAUUGCUUGCGCGGGCUGUACUCGCUGAGGGGCUCCAAACUGCUCUCAGACCCACAGCGCGCGCAGGAACUCGUCUCCGAACUGGACUCGGAGCUGAACAGGUGGCUCGACUCCAUCCCCGAGCACCUGAAGUGGGACCCGCACCAGCCGAACGACCUCUGGGCGAGCCAGUCCGCGUCGCUCUUCGCGGCCUACUACGGCGUGCGCAUCAUCAUCCACCGCCCGUUCAUCCCGAUGCCGCGCAAGCCGUCGCCGCUCCCGUUCCCGUCGCUCGCGAUCUGCACGAACGCGGCGCGCUCGUGCGUCCAGGCGCUCGAACGCUACUUCACGCGCUUCGGGCCCGUGUUCAUGCACAACCACCACCAGCUGACGCUGUUCACGGCGGCGAUCAUCCUGUUGCUCAACAUAUGGGGCGGGCCCCGCACCGGCUCGACGGUCGAUGCGGCCAAGGAGAUGGAGGAGGUCAACAAGGCGCUGCGCAUCCUGAAGGACCUCGAGCCGCGCUGGAACUCUGCAUGCCGGUACUGGGACGUCCUGCACGACCUCAUGACCGCCGUCGACCCCGCACAGAACCAGGGCGCCCCGAGGACGCUGAAACGCCGGCGCGACGACCCCGCGCCGCUCGAAGACGGCGGCCCCUCCGUCUUUGCGCCCGCCGCCGACAGCUUCGCGUACGAGGGCGCCCCACAAGCGCGCCCCUUCCAGGCGUCCUCCGCGCCCUUCCCGCAGUCCCUCUUCGACGUCGCGCCUCCCGCGCCCGACCACGCGCUGCCGGGCAGUGUCGACGACUUUGCCUUCGGCGGCCUCUGGCGGAGUAACGGCGCGCAACAGCAGCAACAGCAGCAGCAGCCGUUCGACGCGCCGCCGCAGUCCAUGUCCGGGCCCGCGGACGACGCGAUGUCGCUCGACGCGGACCUCGAGGCGAUCUUCGCGGACCUCCUCCCGACGUCGUCCUACGACAGCCCGUUCCUCGCCGCGCCGGCGAGCCUGUUCUCGAACCACCUCUUCUCUGGGGCGGGCCUCGGCGCAGAGUUCGUCCAGCAGGAGGCGUUCGCGGCGCCGCAGCAGCCGCAGCAGCCGUCGCCGAUGUGGUCUGCAGGGCCGGAACCUCUCGCGUGA